AUGAGGCGCAAGAGGGCCCUACCCACGCUCCUGCAGCUGGCAGUUCAGAAUCUGCUAGAGGACAAAGACUUGGCCAUGGGGGCUUUGGAAGAUUUGCCAGGGGAGCUCUUCCCAGAAGUGUUCAUGGAGGCCUUCACCAGGGGACACACUGAGGUCCUGAAGGCCGUGGUGCAGUCCUGGACCUUUCCUUGUCUACCCUUGAAGCCACUGAUGAACUUGCUGAAACCAGGGACAUCACAACUUGAGCUGGAUGAUGUGCUGUGGCAGAACAGGAGCCUGUGGAUGUUACAAGCUGUGCUAGAUGUGCUAGAUGGGCUUGAUGGGCUGCUGGCCCAAAAGGUUUGCCCCAGGAGGGUGAAAUUACAAGCGCUAAAUUUUCGGGCCAUGCACAAGAGCUUCUGGAGAGUCUGGGCUGGAAAGAUGUUUGAGAACCACUGCAGAUUCUGGUUUAGGAGAAUGAUUUCAGCCAGCUCCUCAGAGGCCAUGAAGAGGAGAAAAAUAGACAAUGGGCCAAGGAUAGCAGAGAAGCAGCCCUUCCAGUUGGUUUUAGACUUCAUGUUCUCUCAGGAUCUACAGGAUCCACUCAAAUCCUACCUCCUCAAGUGGGUCCAGGAGAAGAAAGGUUUGGUGCAGCUGGAGUGUAGGGAGCUGGACACUGACCUGACACACACACAAAAUAUCACAGAUGUCCUAAAAAUGGCAAACCUUGAUUCUGUGCAAGAGUUGAGGGUAUAUUUAACCUCGACACAUUCCAUACUGGCUCAGUUCCCUUCUUACGUAGGACAGAUGAAAAAUCUUCAAAAGCUAACUCUCCACAACUUAUCUGUACUGUUCUUUUCCAAGGAGCAGAUAAAGCAUGCUCAAGUCCCUGACAUCCCCCUUGGAGAAACUCUCAAUUUCUUGCUGCAAGCCUUCAGGCUCAGACUGGAAUCAGCUGCCCCAGUGUUUGAGCACAAGGCAGCUAAAGCACUUGGAGCUUGUAGUGCCAGAAUGACUAACUUUAGUCCCGACCCACUCCGAGUUCUACUGGAUAAUAUUGCAACCACUCUGACCACUCUGCACUUACACGAAUUCGGGAUCCCAGAUGCCUAUCUCCAUGUCAUUCUUCCUGCACUGAGCCGAUGCUCCCAGCUCAAGAUCUUCAGCUACAUGAACUCCAUGUCGGUAGCCAUGCUGGAGAGCUUGCUGUGUCACACAGCCAGGCUGAGCAACUUGCGCCUGGAGAUGUACUCUGUUCCUCAAAGGAUUUAUGUUUCCCAUCAUGGUGCCAAUCAGAGAUGGGACCAGAUUUCUGAUGUGCUAACGAGGAUUGUGGAUUCAUUAAAACAUCCCAGGAUUGUCCGGUUCUGUGUUGGUCAUGGUGAAAUGUAUAAUAAUACCUCAAGAUUCUGUUACCCUAUGCACUCUUCUCCAUGCUCUUCCUGUAUCUCUGUCUAG